AUGGGCAUUUGUGCAUCUUCGCAGUACACAAACAAGGGCAUUAGCAGCUUAACCUGGUCAUCAGCAACAAUUAAGGUAAUCCAUGCAGAUGGAAGGCUACAAGAGUUCAAGCAGCCAAUCAGAGCCCGCCACGUGCUCUCUGCAAAUCAAAACUAUUUUCUCUGCAACUCCGAAUCAAUAUUCGUCGACUCGUGUAUUCUCCGUGUUGGAGAAGACGACGAACUCCAAUUGGGUCAAAUUUAUUUCGUCAUGCCACUCUCUAAAUUGGGAGCACGCAUUAGUCUCAAAGAGUUAUGCGAACUGGCAGUCAAGGCCAGUUCGGCAGUGGCUCAAUUGGAUUCAUCAAGAAAGGCAUUGCGAGGUUUCAAGAACAAUUACAGAUUGUUUGGAGUUCCGAUCCGAUUUGAGAUGAUAGAAAUCAAAUCUCCAACCAAACGAGAUAAUCAAAGAAUUCAACUUUAA